UGGCCAAUUAAUUUCAAGCCCCUCCUUGCCUCCUCUUCAGUGCUAAAAUGCCAAUACCCCCUCCACAAGACAACCAAACCUCCUUUCCUUCCAAACUCAAAAGCCACAGCCUCUCAACUCUCAACCCAACCUCACUUUCCUUUGCCUCCCUCCGAUUACUCUCUCUCUCUCUCUCUCUCUCUCUCUCUCUGAGGUCCAUCUACCUCUUUAUCUCAACGCUCUCCCACUCUCGUUCCUUGUUACCCCAUAACCCGUUCUACCAAAAACCUCCCCUGUUCUCUUUCCCUUCAUCGCCAAAAUCUCUCUUUUCCUUACCAAAAUCCAAUCUUUCUCUCCUCAAAGAGACCACAGAGACCCAUACUUCGCUCAUCCAACCAAAAGUCGUCAUUUUUCUCUCCUCUCACCUCUCUUUGGCCCUCCCCUGUCUCCCUUGCCCAUAAAAAUCCCACCCUUUUGCGUCCAUAUCAAUGUCUUCCAGCCGGAGAAGGUUCGUUGUGAGUCAUCCGGUGGUGGUAGAUAUCGGCUGCGGCUGCCGGCGGCCAAAGCUCUCGUCUUUCUUCUCCUCCUCGUUGCCAAAAUUCCGUCUCUCCAAAUCCUCUGACCCCUUCUCCCCUUCCACCACCACCACCACCGUCUCCACCAACUCCCUCUGGGACACCAGCCUCACCGCCACCACCGCCUCGUCCCCCAUGACGUUGUCGCCGUCGCUGCCGCCGUACUCCGCCGCUGAGAGCACGAAGCGGCGGCCGAAGAAGAAGACGGUGAAGGCGAAGAAGAAGGGGGUGGUGGAGGAGAGCGUGGUGGUGGUGAAGGAGUCGUCGGACCCUUAUCUCGACUUCCGGGACUCCAUGCUCCAGAUGAUCGUGGAGAUGGAGAUCUACGCGUGGGACGACCUCCGCGACCUCCUCCACCGCUUCCUCGCCCUCAACUCCCCUUCGCACCACCACCUCAUCCUCCAAGCCUUCUUCGAGAUCUGGACCGGCGUCUUCUCCGCCCCGCCAUCCUCCUCCGCCGCCGCCGCCGCCGCCUCCAGUCGCCGGCCCAGCCGCCGCCGGCGGUGACCGCACUCCUGCCCGCGCCUCCCGGCUCGUGACUCGGUCGCGGGAGCUAGUAAACGUGGAAAAAAAUUAAAAAAAGACACUGGAGAGAUCCUGCCACCACCUGGUGCCACGUGGAUCGGAGCCCGGUGGGCCCGGAUGUGGCCUGUGGGAUAAUCUCACAGGUGGUGUUAGGAUCUCGAAUCAGUUUUUUUUUUCCCCUAAAGCUACUAAUGUGAAGAAGUUCUGAAGUUAUUAUAGGUAGGGGUUAUUGAAUGCUAGGUUUUUUUGAAUGUUAGGACUGUGAAGGGUAAUGUUGGGAGUGUUGGUUGUGUGUUUUGAUGGGUGGGGUUUUAAUGACAUGCUGUGGGGUUGGAAGUGUGGAUGAGUUUUUUUUUUAAUUCUUGUACAACUUCCAACAUUCACAUUUACUGCAACCUUUUGCUUUCUAUAGGACAAGCUAUCUAUGGUUGAGGUUUUAAUGAAUGAGACAUGGUUUCAUGAUAUCUUUCA